AUGGGUGUUCAAGGCCUCUGGACCGUCGUGCAGCCAUGCGCCCGCCCGACAAACCUCGCGACGCUUAACCGGAAGCGACUCGCUGUCGAUGCCUCGAUUUGGAUCUACCAGUUUCUCAAAGCUGUCCGCGACAAGGAAGGGAAUGCGCUGCGAAACAGUCACAUUGUGGGCUUCUUUCGACGCUUGUGUAAGCUGUUGUGGUAUGGAGUCAAGCCAGUGUUUGUGUUUGACGGCGGGGCACCGGCUUUGAAAAGAGCAACUUUGCAGGGGAGAAGGAGGAGACGGGAAGGGCGAAGAGAGGAUGCUGCGCGCACGGCGGGGAAGCUGCUCGCUGUGCAGAUGCACAGGCUGGCGGAAGAGGAGGAGGAAAAGAGGCAGAGGAGGAUGGCGGGUGCGGAUGAUGACGAGCAGGAGGAGCUGCCGAGUAUGGAGAAUAUUGUCUAUGCGGACGAGCUGGGGCUUUCUAAGCAGGAGCGCCAGAGGAAUCGCAAGUUUCACAAGCAGGAUGCGUAUCAUCUCCCGGAGUUGCAGAACGGGAUAGAGGCUAUGGGGAAGCCAGACGAUCCGAGGAUCAUGAGCGUGGAGGAGCUGGAGGAGUAUGCGAGGCAGUUCAACAGUGGGGAGAACAUCAAUCUUUAUGACUUUAGCAAGAUUGACUUUGAUGGGGAGUUCUUCAAGACCUUGCCGCCGGCUGACAGAUACAAUAUUCUGAAUGCUGCUAGGUUACGAAGUAGGCUGAGAAUGGGCCUCAGCAAGGAGCAGUUGGACGUGAUGUUUCCCGACCGGAUGGCCUUCUCGAGAUUCCAGAUUGAGAGGGUCAAGGAAAGAAACUAUCUCACCCAGCGGCUCAUGCUUGAGAUGGGCAUGACGAGCACUGACAUGACUGUCAACGCCAGCCGCGUUGCUGGCGACCGAAACCGCGAGUACAUCUUGGUCAAGAAUGAAGGCGCCGAGGGUGGCUGGGCUCUUGGUGUUGUCACGAGGGACAAAGACAAGGGCAAAGCCCAUAAGCCUAUCGACGUCGAUGCCUUGGACUUUCAGUAUCAAAAUCCGGACGACGAAGACGAGUGGGAAGACGAGGAGUUUGAAGACGUUCCUAUCGAAGGUCUCAACCGUCUCCCCAAGAUCACGAGCCGUGCUGCCUACGAACGAGCUCAAAACUUUGGCUCUGCACGACAACAGCUCUACAACUCCCUGCAGGGUGAUGAAGGCGAAGAAGACGACGACGAAGCUCUAUUCGUCAAUGAUGGUGAGGUGAUGGCGGCCGAGGAUGAAGAGCUCAACCGAGCUAUUGCGCUGUCACUGGAACAAAACCAUGGUGUGAGCAAGGAGAAGGAAGACGAAGACGAGGAUGAAGAGUUUGAAGACGUGCCCGCGCCCAAGUGGACUCAGAGAGCGGCUCCGGAAGUAUCGAGACCAAUCACAAGUACCAGCGGGACCAUGAUUGCGCAUAUUGUAAACAACAGAGCGAAUGCUGCUGUGAAGAAACCCCAGGAAAAAGACGACAGCGACAGUGAUAGCGAUGGAGAUUUGCACACGGCGCUGGCGGCGGCGAGAAAGAAGCAGCCAAAGCCAAAGCCUGUCCAAAAAUCAAACGUCAAGAACUCAUUCAACGGCCCCCUUCCAUUCGAGAAACUUGAUUGGCGAAGCGCGUUUGGGGGGUCGAAGCCUUCCGCUCCGGCGCCAAAGCCUACAGCUGCUGUCGAGACAACAGAGAAGCCUCGGCAAGUAGAGACUGGUGAUCUGGAAGCGGAAUCCGACGAGGAGGCUGGAGGGUUCAUCAAAGAACCGAGCGAGACUGCCAAGGCUGAAAAGCCCGUCGUAUCUGAAAAAAAGGAAGACGAUGAGCCUCUCCCACUACCACCAUGGCUUACGGACAAUACGGAUAUCACAGAGCAUGUCCGACGUCAGCAGCAAAUCGAAAACCAACAGAAUGCCGAGGAUGAGGAGCUGGCACAGUUCCAUCAGCUCCAAAGGCGGAGAGAACAAUAUGUGGAAAUCGAGUCCUCGAGUGACGAUGACAGUGAUAUCGAGAUUCUGGAUGCACCACCCGAAUCCAUAGUUCAGACGCUGCUCCGUGCCAGGUCUCCACCGGGAAGACCAGGCGCCAGCUUGCCUUCAUUGCAAGAUGACCUUGACAAAAAGACAGCCUCGAAUGAUGCGGAACAAAAUCCAGCAGCAGCCACAACACCUCCUCCAGCAGAAGAGUUUGAAAGCGACGAGAGCCCCAUGGAGCUGGAUGCUGUCGGGAAGCAGCCUUCAGAGACCGCCCCUCCUGCUUCGGCUCCUCAAGAGUCUGAAGACGAGGAUGUGGAGUUUGAAGACGUGGUCGUUCCUUCAACGGGAGAGCCAUCUGCCGCCCCAUCAGCUAUCGCCAUCGACGAUACCGAGGCCUUUUUGGAAAGCGGUGAUGAGGCUCCCGAUCUCCCGCCUUCAGAACAGUCCAGAAUCGAGGGGCUGGCCUCUGCUAUCAACUCGGACGAGAUCUUCACCCGGGAUGACUCCCCAGAAUACGACGAGUUCUACGACCCCGAAGAAGAAGAACUCCUCGCCCAAAUGGCCGAAGAAGCGGAGGAACACGCCCGGUUCGCCAGCCAACUAAACAACAAAACCCAACGCGAGAACCAAGAAGCCUACGAGCAGGAACUCCGCGCCCUCCGCACCCAGCAAAAGAAAGACCGUCGCGACGCAGACGAAGUCACCCAGGUCAUGGUAACAGAAUGCCAAGCCCUCCUCCGCCUCUUUGGUGUCCCAUACAUCACGGCACCGAUGGAAGCAGAAGCCCAAUGCGCCGAACUGGUGCGCCUCAAUCUCGUCGACGGGAUCGUCACCGACGACUCGGACACCUUCCUUUUUGGCGGCACCCGAGUAUACAAGAACAUGUUCAACAGCAACAAGUUUGUCGAGUGCUACCUCCUCCGUGACCUGGAAGAUGAGCUCGAGCUUUCGAGAGAGCAGCUUAUUGCACUGGCCCAGCUCCUAGGGUCAGAUUACACCGAGGGCAUCCCGGGUAUCGGCCCCGUCACGGCCGUGGAGAUCCUAUCUGAAUUCCCAGGUCGGGAGGGUCUCUCCGAUUUCAAGACGUGGUGGGAGGACGUCCAAAGCGGGAAACGCCCCAAGGAGGCGGAUGCUUCUUCCCCCUUUCGCAGAAAAUUCAGAAAGGGUCAGGCUACCAAGUUGUUUCUCCCGUUGGGGUUCCCUUCACCGGCGGUGUUUGACGCUUAUUUGCAUCCAGAGGUGGAUUCCUCCCAGGAGCAGUUUCAAUGGGGGGUGCCGGAUCUGGAAGGGUUGAGACAGUUUCUGAUGAGCACGAUUGGGUGGAGCAAGGAGAGGACGGAUGAAGUGCUUGUGCCGGUGAUAAGGGAUGUGAAUAGACGGGAGGCGGAAGGGACGCAGGCGAAUAUUACGAGGUAUUUUGAGGGGGGUGUCGGGAGCGGGACGCAGAGGGAGGCGUUCGCGCCGAGGAGGGUGGGAAGGGGUGGGGGGGGGAGUAAGAGGAUGGCGGAGGCGGUGGGGAGGUUGAAGGCUAGGAGGAGGGCGGUGGGCGGUGGGGGGUUGUCGAUGGAGAUGCCGGUUGCUAUUCCUGCGGAGAAGGGGAAGGGGAAGAGGAAGGGGAGGAAGAGGAAGGCGAGGGAAGCGGAGAUUGUUGAGGAAGAAGAGGUUGUGGGUGAAGAGGAUGAGGUGGCGCGGGAGGAUGAAGAGGUCGAUGAUGAUGAUGAUGAAGAUGAUGAUGAUGAUGUUGUUGUGGUCGCUGGCAGGAGUAAAGGAGGCAAAGGAGAGGGGAAAGCGACUGCUGGUAGAGGGAGGGGACGUGGUCGAGGGAAGCGAUCCAAGGCAUAG